AUGUCUACUAAUCAGACAAUUGAAAUGUUAAGACCAUAUAUGAAAGAUUUUGACAGUAUUGUUUUACCCUAUUGGUACAAAUUUCAACAACCACAUCCAUAUUAUCAGUAUACAAUUGGAUUAUUCAUUGCAUGCACUGGAAUCACUGGUGUAUGCCUUAACUUAUUAGUCAUCAUAUUUUUUACCACGGUUAAAUCACUACGAACGCCUUCAAAUAUGCUUGUUGUAAAUUUAGCAAUAUCAGAUUUUGGUUUUUCCGCAGUUAACGGUUUUCCGCUAAAAACUAUCUCUGCAUUCAACAAAUUUUGGCCAUGGGGGAAAUUUGCUUGUGAAAUGUAUGCUUUAGCGGGUGGACUUUUUGGUUUUGUAUCCCUGUCUACAAUAGCCGCAGUGGCAGUAGAUCGUUAUAUGGUUAUUGCAACUCCCUUUGAAAGUGUAUUUCAAACAACUAAUCGGAGAACAAUACUUUUAAUGUUAUUCUUGUGGCUUUGGUCUCUCAUUUGGACGAUUCCACCAUUGUUUGGAUUUGGUCGAUAUGUUCUAGAAGGAUACCAAACAUCAUGUACAUUUGACUACAUAUCUACAGACCUUACCAAUCGAUUGUUCAAUAUUGGAUUUCAUGAGAUGGCAGCAAGAACAAGUACCAAGAGCGAUAAUCAAAAGAAUAAGAGUACCACUGUGUCAUCAACAAAAUCUGACAGUUUUGUGCUCAAAUCAGCAGCUAUACUGUUAGGUGUUUAUUCAAUAUGCUGGACACCGUAUGCUGUUGUCUGUUUCAUAGCUCUUAUCGGUUAUCCUCAUGUUCUUACACCAUUAAUGGUUGAAAUACCUUGUCUGUUUGCUAAAACAGCAGCUGUAUGGGAUCCGUGUAUCUAUGCCUUCAGAUAUCCUAGAUUUCGUGCACUUUUAGAGCGUCGAUUCGGUUUAUCAUGCUUUGCAGGGAAUAAACGCAAGAUUGGCAGUACUUCCAAAGCAGAAGCUUCGACUCUAUGUCAAGUUGAAGAGUAG